UUCAAUUUCUUUUCGUUGACGAACCAAACUUCAAUUUCUAAAAAUAGUACUCUAUUUGGUUCGAUGCUUCGAUCGAUCGAAUUCAAGACAGUCGCUUGAAAUUAUCAAAUUCUCGAACCCUGCUAAGUGCGAACCCUUCUUCUCUAGUCUCCAGUCUCCACCAUUGUCACUCUCCCAGCGAUGGUUUGGGGUCUCUUUCCGGUCGACCCAUUUCCAGGUGAAGAUAAAUAUUACAUUUUUAAGAAAGGAACAUACAAAGUGGGUCGAAAAGGAUGUGACAUCAUAGUAAACAAAGAUAAAGGUGUCUCCAGGGUCCAUGCAGAAAUUAUUGUUGAUGAAAUGAUUUGCAUGGAUAAUUUACAGAAGAGACAGCUAAAUAAUUUCUCUAAAGUUCGUAUAAGAGAUUGUUCGAAGUAUGGAACCUUUAUUAACCAGAAUGCGGGUUCUAAAGAGAAAGUUCAUGAAUUUCCAGAUAAAGAAACAAUGCUGAAGAGUGGUGAUCUGGUUUCCUUUGGAACUGGGAAUGCAAUAUAUAGGUUUUCUUUUGUUCCCCUUCUAUUCUGUGUACCCUCAUGUGGAAUGAAUCAACUAGAACAGAAAUUCUCAUUGAUUGGUGCUCAUGCCACUCAAACUUGGACUUCAAAAUGUACACAUUUGGUUAUUGAGGACUCUGUCUUGAUCAAUAAUGAGGUUAUUGAUGCUAUAGUGGCCAGAAAACCUGUUGUUGGAUACAGCUGGAUAGAGCUAAUUGCAGAAAAAACUAUUUGCACUGAGAUGCCUUCUUUACUGUUGCAUUCACCAGCUGUAAUAGUCGAUGGGGUAACUAUCAAAGUCACAGAUUCACAGUCACGUGAACAAUGUUUGAAAGGAUACACUUUUCUGCUGCAACCCAUCGAGAAGUACAAAUUUAACAUAAAGUUUCCGGAGUUGUUAAAAGUGUGUGGCGCCAAUGUUGUUGAAACACAAGAUCAAUGUAGGCAGGCAUGUCAUAAUCCAGGGGAUAAUCUGGUGUAUGUGAUGCCAUCUGGAUCGGAAGGUUUAAAUAAUGUCAAUAAUCUACCCAAGGUGAAAGAGAUGGAAUUGAUUGCGGCAGUAAUUUCUGGGCAUCUAGAUCCUGCUAUUGUGGCAUCAGCACCUGUGCUGGUCACGUCUUCAUGCUCCACAGAUGAAACAGUGGUUGCAGAUUCUGAUGUAGAAUUGGAAACUGCCACAUCAAUACCCGCACCAAAUGUAAUAGAACAUGCAGACACUGAAUGUCAUAGAAAGAUGGAGAUUCACAAGAUACAAUCUUCUGAAAAUGAUAGUGUUGCAGAAAGCGAAGUUCAUAUUGUAGAAUCUGAUUGUGAGGCACUCAAAGCAACUGCACUGGAGCGCCCAAAAUUAUCACCUCCCAAUCGGGUUCUCUCUAAUCUUGAUGAUCCUAGUCUAAUUGCUGCGGCAUCUGAUAAUGACAGUAAAACCUGGUCAAGGGGCCAAAAUGAAGAAAUUAUGCUGAGAAAGGACAGAGAGAAUUUAUCUGAAAGCGAAAAUCUUGAUAUUAUAUACAGCGAAGAAUUAAUUGUUCGAGCUUCCUACUUACCACAAUCGGUUCAUUCUUCAUCAAGUGCUGCAUCAGUGAACUUCAAAUGUUUCAGGAAGCGGAAUCUUCCAUCCGGCAACAGCUUCAGCAAUCUAAUUCCAUUUUCAAAGUAUCCCUAUGAAGAGUCUGACUAUGGAAAUGAGAGUGUGGCUGAAUCCGUAAAAGAGGAGAAAAAGCGGAAACAGAUGGAGGCCAUUGCCGAGGAUUUGUUUAACAAUGAGAAGGUCGAAAACAUACACCCCAUGCCAUGUGUUCUUACACCUGACAGGGAGAAAGCGUGGCAAAUCUGGUUCCCUUCUCGGGCUUUUUGCUCGUGGCUAGUCCGGCGUCGUGCGCAUGUAAAUUUACUGGUACAAAGGUCAGUAUGUAUGUAUGUAUGUUGAUAUUGUUAUAGCCUUAGGUUGUGUUUUUUUGGGGUUUACGAAAGAUUACUAUUCAGAUUCUUUACUAUUCAAAAAUCCAAACCCAAAAUCCCAAAUCCACAAACAAAAACACUCUUAUGUUUUUGGCGGAGUUUAUGAGUAGUAGAAUUCUACUGGUGCUGUUGAAAAUUGGAAUUUGAGUUGGCUUGAA